AUGUUCGUUUUAGUUUUACUGGAGUAUUUGAUACUGGAUGAGAAGAAGUACGCGUUCAACGAUACGGUCACGUCAAUAAAUGCCGGAAUUUUGUCACUCCUCUUAAAAGUCAGUGGUCGGUUUCUUUCCGCUUCGUUCUACCCGAUGGUGUACAGCCGACUGCAUAUCAUAGACUUACCACCAGACUCAGCUUUCACAUGGAUACUGUGUUUUUUCACGCAGGACUUGGCCUAUUACCUAGGUCAUCGGGCAAUACAUGAAGCUGGUGUUUUCUGGUCUUUUCAUCAAAUGCAUCAUUCCUCUGAGUACUACAAUCUUAGCACUGCUCUACGACAGGGAGCUAUCCAGGACAUUGCGAUGCUGUUUUUCGACUUACUGCAAGCUGUCGCCAUCCCACCAAACAUCUUCCUCGUUCACCGCAAUCUGAAUCUUAUCUAUCAAUUCUGGCUUCACUCGAAUGUAAGUGUGAAG